AGAAAGUUUUCCAUAUCGUAUAGAACAUUUAAAUACUUUAAAUACGAAAAAAUGUUUCCUACUGGUUUAUUUCUACGUACACAAGCCUUGAAUCUAAAUUACGCACUGUGCUCUAAUAGACGUUACUCGGACACAAAGAGCAACAUAUCAAAUGUCUUCUUUUUGGGCGGCGGCUUGGAAAAGAUGCAAGGAGGAAUCAAAGAAGAAGAAUAUUUUACCUCAAUCAAUCAAGGACUAAUGUGUAAUAUACGCAAGCAUAUUGAAAGCUCUAAAAAUGCCGACUAUAUGCGCAAUUGGGAGGAAUACCAGAAAACUCUGGAUCACGCCGCUCUCUAUAAUACCACUUGCCUCAACAAAUACAAGGAUGUUCACGAGGAAGCCUUCUUCUUAAAUGAGAAUACGGAGUGCAUAAAAAUCAUGAUGAAUCGUACCAAAAUCCCUACCGACACUGACGAGGAAACUUAGCUUGCAAAUGGCGAUGUAUCGAACACAUUUGAUUUUAGAAAUUUCGUUCUUCUCCACAUAUAUACUAUAUUAACUAGGGUAUUCUUGUGAUUAACACAAAACACCUCUUUGUUAUCAAAUUUAAAUAAAUUGCACCUAGACCGUUAAAA